AUGGAGGAGGAAGAGCAAGCAGGGGAGCAUUUGCAAGAGGAGGAAGGACAGGACGAUACUCAAAAGGGAGCACUGGCUUCUAUCCUGGAAAGCGUCUACUCCUUUGCCGCCAAUAAAGUCGGCGCCAAACCAGUAGUAGUAAAAAAAAAACCUCCAAAAGCAGGAAACAAAGGCGACGACGACGACGACGACGGCGACGACGGCGCACAACUCCGUUUUCAAUACGAAGGAACGAGCCGCCACCUCGGCCAAUGGGACCUCGUCGGCGUAUCUGGUGUCAGCGCCAUGCAUGCAACGUUGAUCCCCAACACCAACAAGAUUGUACUCUUGGAAAAAGUCGAGAAGAACACCCAUGCGUUCUUGACGGAGAAUGCGGAACAGUUUUCGUUUUCGGUCGAGUAUGAUAUUGACGAGUCGACGUUUAGACCGCUGCAUACAAAGACGAACCAAUUCUGUUCUGCGGGUGGAUACCGUCCCGAUGGUACGAUCAUCUCACUAGGCGGUGCAGAAGCACAGGCAAACAUAGCCGAAGGCUGGAACUCUCUCCGUUUCCUCUCCUCCUGCAACGCAACCCACUCCCGCUGCGACUGGGACACUCGCAACGACAUCACCCUCAAAGCCGGACGUUGGUACCCCACCGUCGAGGCCCUCGCCGAUGGACGACUCUUUAUUAUGGGUGGUUCUACCAAGGGUGCUUCAGUGAAUGAUAAAGAGAUUGGGGUCCCUUCCUGGGAGUUGUAUCCGCCUUUGGAAAGUAAUCCCACUCAUUUUGCGUUCUUGGAAGAAACCCUGCCUUAUAACUUGUAUCCAAUGGCGCAUCUGCUCCCGGACGGUAACCUGUUCAUCUUUGCAAACACCCGGGGAAUCAUCUUCUCCACAAAAACCUGGUCCAUCCUCAAAAACCUCCCCGAACUCCCCGGCCCACCACGCAACUACCCCCUCUCCGGUGGCUCUGUCCUCCUCCCCCUCCGCCCCGAAUCCAACUACGAACCAGAAGUUCUCAUCUGUGGAGGCGCCACCGAAUUCUCCUCCCAGGCGAAAGGACAAGACCAAUGCGGACGGAUUAAACCUCUGGCCAAGGAUGCGGAUUGGGUCAUGGAGGAUAUGCCGAUGGGACGGAUGAUGCCUGAUUUGACGCUCCUCCCAGACGGGUCGGUGAUGAUGUUUAAUGGUGCCAAUCGCGGCACCGCAGGAUACGGACGCGCCAAGGAUCCUGUAUUGAGACCCAUCCGGUACCAACCCUGGGACACCUCCGAAACCAUCCAGGCAAACUCACGCUUCACGAUCCAGAACCCCUCCUACAUCCCCCGCCUCUACCACUCGAUCGCCAUGCCAGUCCUCGACGGCCGCGUCAUGGUCGCCGGGUCGAACCCCAACGCAAACACUCUCGAAUGGUCCGAGUUCCCAGUCGAAUACCGCGUCGAGAUGUUCUCCCCCGGAUACAUGUUCACCGACACCCCUCGCCCACUCCUCGCAGCAGGACGCACCAUCGGUCGUACCAUCAAACGUCCCGAAGCGCUCUCCAUCCAAACCCUUCAAGAAACCAACGCAAACCCAGAACGCGGUCAGGGCGAUGGUCCCGCGACCGAGAACAUAAUCUCGUUCAACACCGUCUUUGAGAUCGAGGUCCAAUUUUACAGCGGGCUCGUUACCUCCGAGGCCCAGGUCCUUACACCCAAAGAAGGCAAUGCUGGUGGAAAACCGUCGAGGGUGCAGGUGAACCUGUUGAAUGGCGGGUUUGUGACACACUCGACACAUAUGAGCCAGCGGUUGGUGGGGUUGGAGGUUGUUGGGUAUGUGGUGAAUAGGGAGGGUGGGUUGGAUAAGUUGAAGGUCAAGGGACCCAGGGAUGGGGCGUUGACGCCUCCUGGAUGGUACCAGAUGACUGUUGUUGAGAACGGUAUUCCUUCCGAAGGCACCUGGGUUCGUGUCCAAUAA